CCUGCAUGCUAGCAUAGGAUCUUCCUGGGUUUCAAAAGUAUUUCUAGACUGUCACUAGACGGCGACGACAAAGCUGCACAUAGAACAAGAAAAAAUACCUUGUAAUCAGUCGAUAUGGCUCGCUCACGCCCGUGCACGAUUGUAAUAAAACUUGGAUCAUCUUCGAUCGUCCACGAAACCUCACAUCAACCACUCUUAUCCAUCCUUUCCUCUGUCGUCGAAGUUGUCGUUCGUCUCCGCUCUCAGGGCCACAAAGUCGUCCUCGUCUCCUCUGGUGCCAUCGCCGUCGGUCUCCAACGCAUGUCAAUGCCUUCAAAGCCGAAAUCUCUAUCUGGUAAACAGGCUCUGGCGGCGAUUGGUCAAGGAAGGUUGAUCGCAUUGUGGGACAAUCUGUUUGGACAGCUAGGGCAACCGAUUGCACAGGUGUUGUUGACGAGGGGUGAUAUUUCCGACAGAACAAGAUACCUCAAUGCGGUCAAUACCUUCAAGGAGCUGUUGACUAUGGGAGUCGUGCCGAUCGUCAACGAGAACGAUACGGUAUCCGUUAGCGAAAUUAAAUUCGGAGAUAACGACACCCUAUCCGCCAUAACCUCCUCCAUGAUCCACGCAGACUACCUCUUCCUCCUCACAGACGUCGACGGGCUCUAUACUUCUAAUCCACGCAAAGAUCCCUCCGCCAAACUUAUCGAAGUUGUCGCUUCGACAGCGGCUAUUCGGUCGCAAGUGAGCACAGAAACACUCGGAUCCUCCCUUGGCACCGGGGGGAUGGAAACCAAACUUAUAGCUUCAGAAAUCGCGACAGCCGCCGGCGUAUCGACCAUCAUCACCUCUUCCAAAAAUCCAUCCAACAUCUUCUCAAUCAUUCAAUACAACCAACAUCACCGAGAUUUACAUUCGGCCAAUAGUGUGCAUGGAGUAGGUGCGAUACACGAGCAGACACCGCUCGUCACGCCCGAAACUACGCGUCCUCCCACCCCUACUCUCACUCAUGCCUCUACUCCGACAUCGCACUCUCCAUCCGAAGAUCUCCCACGCCCCCCACAUACCCUCUUCCUCCCCUCCCCGCAUCCCCUCCGCGACCUUAAAUCAUGGACGACACACACACUGACACCGUCCGGCUCCGUCAUCAUCGAUCGGGGCGCGUACGAGGUCUUGGCGAGGAGAGAGUCGGGGGGACGGUUGUUGGCGGCGGGCGUUAGGGGCGUUAGGGGCAUUUGGGCGGGAGGUGUAGGGGUCAGGGUUUUAGUUCGGAAGGGCGAGGAUGGGAGUAGUAGGAGUAGGUCUGAGAGGAAGAUCAUUAUGGCUGGCAAUGGAGAUGCUGGUGAGGAGGAGGGUGAGGGAAGGAGUACACCGCAAGGAUUAUCGGAUGGAGACGCGGUUGUGGUGGAUCGGAGCCCGCCGGGUGUUGACGUUGUGGAUGAGGACAAGGAAGAGGCGGCGGCUGCAGAGGGGUCACAUCGGGAAAGCCAAAGGGAGGAGGAUGUUGAGACUGAGUUGAUUGAGGUGGGCAGAGGACUGGCGAAUUAUAAUUCGGCGCAGAUCGAGAAGGUCAUGGGGUUGAAUAGCUCCUUCCUGCCACAACUACUUGGUUAUGCAGAUUCGGAGUACGUGGUGGAGAAUAUCACUAUCAGGGUACCGCCGGAAGGUGUCACAUUGUAGACGCUUGUGUUUCUUUCUUCUUUGUCGGUUCCUGCCGCAGAGCAUCGCUGUUUCAAAUGUCAACGCGCCACUGUCGUUCUGCGACGGGUAA